AUGAACCAGCUCCGCGAGACCUUACUCGGUCCCUCGCCUCACGGCCCUGACGAUAUACAAGGAGCCGACGGCAUCGCCCAUGAUCGUGAAGAUGUGCGAAUGUCAAUCGCUAGAGGCCAACUCGACGAGCUCCGGAAAUCCGUCCUUUUCAAUCGGACCUGGAUCAUAAACAGUCGGUACUGUGAACUCGGAGACGGUGUGGAUUCCCUCGUGGGCUACCUUCAUCAUAUCUGGUAUGCCUACUACCAGCUCAGUCGACACACACCGCACGAAGCCGCCGAGCACGACUCUCUUGUCCUCGAUAUCCUCCGCAUUCAGGGUCGAGGCCCGCUGACCAGACCCGUUGCUGGCAAUUACGGGAUCGACAUUGCACGAACCGUUGAAGGCGCGGUGUGGAAUGAUAUGCCAUUCUUAGUGACUGACAUGACUGAGGUUUGGAUGAGCGACUUCGCAACCAUGUCUGGAGCGCAUCGUCUCAACUUCUCGUCCUUUUUAGCUAAGCUAGCUUCCACUCGCAUCAGCAAAGAUAGGAUGUGUCAGGUCGCGAUCAUACUCUUCCGUUAUACGUUUGAGUAUCCCCAAGAAGUCUAUGCCUUCAAUGAUCCGGACAUUGAGGGCGCAGAAAGAACCCUCAGAGGUCUUCAACUUCAGCAGCUUCUUCCAUCUGUCUUCGUGUGGAUCAAAGAGGCAGGGAACAACCUGCUUCUACUCUCGGAAGUCUCGUGGGAUGAUUGUCCCAGCACUAUUGGCCACGGAGGCUCAUUGUUUGUGGAGUCCGAGUUUGGAAAGCAGGCUGGAAAUGGAAUGAGCCCAUGGAGGUGGAUGUUUUGGUUGAAGCGACUUCAUGAGUUCCAAGAUCAAGCCAUCAAAGUUGGCGAGAAAGGCGUGGAGGAUUUGUGCAAAGAUUCUAUCAGUCACAUGCUUUCCGAUGCAAAAACCCGGAAUUCGGAGGUUUUGAGGGCUUAUGAAUCUGGGAGUGAGUUUCUUCGUCAGGAAGUUCAUCUAUCGGCUCUUCAAAAGAUCUUGGAUGGCGAGGGAGUAUGA